GUUGAGUUGGUAAACAGCACUUUUCGCCUCAUGGAACGAAUCUCCCCUUCGCUCCGUGAAGGACGAGGGACUGUGCAGAGCUAGACGGUCGUUGGCAAGCCCUGGUGGGGGUGACGGAGAGCCAUCAUGGCGGGGGACAUGGUGUUGCUGAUGAGGGGGCUGACCCGGCUGGGUUGGGCGGUCAUGGAGACGCAGGCGAACGCCCUGCUCGGGGGCGGAGCCCAGGGAACGGCCCAGAGCGUGCGGACGGGCCUAUCGGAGGGACUGGGCGUGGCCGUGCAAAGGAUGCAGGGCUUUGGGGGCCAGCAGCAGGGAUCGUCAGAUUUCGGGACGGACUUGGACUCCCAGUUCGAUCUCUCCAGCGCCGAGGGGAUCAUGGCCGGCUCCGGAGGGGGCGAUUUCGAGGCCCGAGGUGACGAGGUGACGAGGGGGGGUGCCCCCGCGUGGGACCGGGCAGACAGGGGGACACCCCGAACCUUCGGCCGCGUCCAGUGGAGAGCGCCCAGCAGCAGGCUCCUUGGGGGCCUCGUGGAUCAGAGCAGGCAGUUCUCUAGACAGACCCGCAGAUUCCACCGGGACCACUCGUCGGUUAGCGGUCUCACGGCGGAGGACCUGAACAAAGCCAGGGAGACCAAGAAGGGCGACUCCAAACCCCACAAGCAAAUGCUCAGCGAGAGAGCGAGGGAGCGCAAAGUCCCCGUCACGAGGAUAGGGAGACUCGCGAACUUCGGAGGCCUGGCUGUGGGCCUUGGGUUCGGGGCGCUGGCAGAGGUGGCCAAAAAGACCCUGCGGCUGGAGGAGAAGAACGGGGAGAAGAAGGCCAUCCUGGACUCCAGCCCCUUCCUCUCGGAGGCCAACGCGGAGAGGAUUGUCAGGACUCUGUGCAAGGUGCGCGGAGCCGCCCUCAAGCUGGGACAGAUGCUCAGUAUCCAAGACGACGCCUUCAUAAACCCCCAGCUGGCCAAGAUCUUCGACCGGGUUCGACAGAGUGCUGACUUCAUGCCCACCAAGCAGAUGCUGAAAGCCAUCAGCAGCGAUCUGGGCCCCAACUGGAGGGACAAGCUGGAGUUUUUCGAGGAGAGGCCAUUCGCCGCCGCCUCCAUCGGCCAGGUGCACCUGGCCCGCAUGAAGGAUGGCAGGGAAGUGGCCAUGAAGAUCCAGUACCCCGGCGUGGCCCAGAGCAUCAACAGCGACGUGAAUAACCUGAUGACCGUCCUGAGCAUGAGCAACGCGCUGCCCGAAGGUCUGUUCCCGGAGCAUCUGAUCGAGGUGAUGAGCCGGGAGCUGGCGCUGGAGUGCGAUUACGUCAGGGAGGCCAAGUGCGCCAAGAAGUUCAAGGCGCUGAUGGAGGGCCACCCCUUCUUCUACGUGCCUGACGUGAUCGAUGAGCUGAGCAGCCCACAUGUCCUCACAACCGAGCUGGUGCCCGGCUUCCCCCUGGACAAGGCCGACGACCUGUCCCAGGACCUGAAGAACGAGAUCUGUGAGAACAUUCUUAUCCUCUGCCUGAGAGAGCUGUUUGAGUUCCAGUACAUGCAGACGGAUCCCAACUGGUCCAACUUCUUCUACGACCCACAGACACACAGGGUUGCACUGUUGGAUUUUGGUGCUACCAGAGGGUUUGACAAGAGUUUUGUCGACAUCUACAUUGAGAUCAUCAAGGCAGCCGCUGACGGUAACAGAGAGGGGGUCCUGCAGCGGUCGAUAGAGAUGAAGUUUCUCACAGGCUACGAGUCCAAGGCGAUGGAGAAUGCCCAUGUGGACGCGGUGAUGAUCCUGGGGGAGGCCUUCGCGUCGCACGAGCCCUUCGACUUCGGGGCGCAGAGCACCACUGAGCGCAUCCACAACCUGAUCCCAGUCAUGCUGAAGCAGCGCCUGACCCCGCCCCCCGAGGAGACCUAUUCGCUGCACCGCAAGAUGGGCGGAUCCUUCCUCAUCUGCUCCCGCCUCAAAGCCAAGCUGAGCUGCAAGAACAUGUUCCAGGAGGCCUACAGCAAGUACUGGAGGGAGCGCAAGGCGGAGCUCGGUCAGUGAACGCGACUGUGACCGUGGCGACUGUGACCGCAGUGCGACCAUGACUGCGGCGGUAUCGCAGCGGUCGCAGUCAGAGGGGGAGAGACGCCUCUGACCGCUCUGCUGACUCUGCUGCGAGCUAAAUGUGAAUAUGGCACAUAUAUUGUUCUCGCCCUCACUCAAAAUCCCAUUUUUUUUUUUUUCUUUGCUUUUUGAGGUAGAUGUGUAAAAGCACGUGGCUUUAACCCAGGGAAAGCGGUUGGUUAAACGCACCAAGCAAAUACCAUAUACAACGUUGUGAAUGCUUAGCAUGGCCAACCAAACACUUUCCCUCGGUUUAAUCUUCACAUGCAUAUCCUCCUCUUUAUAUAGUAUUUUUCAUGAAAAUGAAUAAUAAGUUUAAAUUGGAUAUAUAAUGGGAAAUGACAAGAGCGAGGUCACUGAUCGUUCUUCACAGAAGGACCUUGUGUGCCUUAUGUGUGUUGGGGGGGGGGGGGGGG